UAAAAGCAUUUGUCAACUUAUAAUUUAACAUCAGUUCACAAUUAAAUUAAGUCAAUACAGACCUACUAACAAAACCUAAUAUGUUCAAGUUGGUGGUAUUGUCCGCUUUGCUAGCCGUAGCUGCUGCCCGUCCUGGCUUUAUCGACUCUCCUUUGGUAUUGUCUGCUCCAGCUUCUAUAGCUGUACAAGAACCAACUUUGGCCAAAGUCGGUUCCGUUGUCAAGAAUAUACCAACUGCUGUCUCACACCAAAGUCAAUCUAUUGUACAUAGCUCAGCCAAUGUUGUCGAAGAUAUACUUGCUCCUGCUGUCAGAACUACACUUACCGCCGCUCCAAUCAUCAGAACUAUAGCUGCUCCUGCUCCUAUUAUUAAAACUAUUGCCGCUCCUGCUUCUUACUUGCAUGCUUCAUAUGCUGCCGGACCUUUGUCUUAUGCUGCCGCCUCACCACUUGGCUAUUCUUCUGGUAUUUGGUAAAUCUCAAUUCGGGUUAGCUGGACC